UGGAUGACAUCCUGACUCAGGUUUGCGUAGUGUAGAACUGAGGUUCUUCCGCUGGAUGAGUUUGCUGUCUGUUUUUUUUACAGUGUCGUUGUUCCUGUCUUUUUUGCGCCUUGUUAUAUAGUAAAUGGAGGAUUUUAGUUGUGGAAUUUGGUGUUACUUAGAUUUUGAACCCAGCUGGCUAUGUUUAUGUCUGUAGACUGGCAGUAUGGUGGGCGGGGCUAAGAUAAACCAGUGAGUGGAACCAAUGGCCCAAUUAGAAAGCCACAUUUCUGACAGAGCCAAAAAAGUUUUUUUACUUACACCAAAUAUACAGUAAUUAUACAGCAGUUAGGACAUGUUUGGUGUCUGAUGUUUGCUUCUUUAUUUUCAUCCAGAGUAAGUUAUAUUUUGGCUUUGAUCGGACAUAGCUGUACGUGUUUUUUUGUUUUAUAGAGAGGUACUGUGGUGGGCGGGGCUAAGAUAAUCAAUGUGUCAGUGAAAGCAGUGGACCAAUAAGUAAGCCUCAAAAGUGCUUUUUUUGGGUGGAAAAUCACAUUUUUGUGGUUUCCCACUCAUGGCGAAUAUAUAGAAACUUGCUCCAUCCAUCCAUCCAUCCAACUCCAUCCAUCACUGAUGUUUAGGAGUUUAGGACAAAAUGCUGAAUACUAUAACGUAAUGAGGCAGCCAUCUUGGACAAUUGGAAUUACUUUUGAAAACUGCCACUGCCAAAGCUGUCGUGCCACUUUUGAACCAUCACUGAUUAUUUUCCAAUAACAGCAUUCCCCCAGUGGUUUAUUCCUUACUUAGCUUAUUGAAUUCAGCUUGCAAUACAGUAUAUAGUCCAGAGUUAAAAUAAAUGUUGUAUGUGUUUAUGUUUUUGUUAAAAAACACUAAAUUGCCAUUGCCAUUUGGUGCAAUUACUAUACUGUCCAAAAUUACGUAAACACUUAGUUGUACUUAUAUUUGUUAGGUAAUGAGAGUAUAACAUCCUCUCUGAAAAUUAAUCCUCGCUACAACCCUAAACUUAAAGACUGUAUUGGUUGAUGAGAAAAUGAUAAGCACAAUCACAAUGGUGAGAUAUAACAGUGUUUGAGAGCGGCUCUAGCUAUAAAAGGCAGGAACAGCUGUCCUCUUGAUGCUAACACUCCGAUACCCACACACUGACACUCACACACAUGCUCACACACACACUCAGUGUCCCCUCACCCAAACAGGAAAUGACCCGAGUCAGGGGAGAUGAGAGAGGAGAGGAAGACAAGAAUAGACCUCAGACUGGCACUCAACCUGAUCUCAUCUCUUCUCUUUUCUUCAGUGGUACACUCUUCGGAAAUAUAGAACCCAAGAGGUUCUCUAUAGAAAAAAUAAAAAAAAUUCUCCAUUGGUGACCCUGAUUAUCCAAUGGGCAAGUAAGAAACUGAAAAAAAGAAAACCCUGCUAAAUCUGCUUGUCCCAGGUGCUCGUUCUCCUGAUUUCGAUUGAUCCACCCUUGAAGUAUAUAAAGUGUUCAUCAGUUUAAUAAAAACAUAAUAUCCUACCUUAAAUCUAGCUGUGGUUUUAUGGUAGAAGAGUUCAUGGGUGAGAAAUAAAACCGUUGAUUGUUUUCUGUAUUUAUUUUGUAGGAUAUUUUGUGAUAGUGUGGCUUGGGUGUGAAACACAGGAAUGAGUGUAAUUUCUGUUUGUUGAUGCAGAGAUUGCAAGGCGGGGAGUCUUCCCCAGGAAACAAGAGCUUCACCAUAAUCACUUCCAGUCUGUAGAGACAGUGGCGCAAUGGAGACUUUUAGCAUGUUUGUGUGUGUAUGCAUGUGUUUGUGUGUGUUUUUCUAUCUUGUCUUGGAAUAAAUCCAUCGGUCUGUUUCGGUUCAGAAUUGCAUUGUGAUUUUAACAUAAUUAGUACUGCCUUAUGAUAAUGAGGGGAAACCCGGCGCGGUCAGAGCAAGAGCGUAAAACUAUGCAAGCAUGAAACUAUAAACUCUGUUUUUACAGCUGUAAGAAAGUGUUUUUGCUUGUUAAAACCAGGGACAGUGAGAGAGCCAGUGAGCAUGUUAGUGUUGUAGCUAACACACACACACACACACACACACAGCAGUAUUGCGUGACUGGAUUAACAGCAGAUGCGGGGUCCAGGGUAGGCAGUGGUCGCUGUAGCGUAUCAGGAGCUCAAGGCUCCAGCGGCUGGAAUGAAGAGGAGGAGGAGGAGGAAGAAGGGAGGAGGAUAUGGAGAGGAGGAGGAGGAGGAGGAGGAGAGGUGGGGGCUCCAUAAAGCAGGCAACCAUCAGCACUGUGAAGCCCCGUAGUGAGCCCUCCGACCCCAGCCUGCUGCUUCUCCUCUCUCCCACACACACAUGUACAUACACACAGAUGAGCAGACAUGGGCCUUCAGCAUGGAGCAGGAUCUUGACUUCUACAAACAUUUCUCAUGGCUUAAAAAGGUUAACCGCCAGCCCUGUUCGAACAAUGAGACGUAUCAAGAGCGCUUGGAAAGAUUAGAAGGGGACAAAGAAUCUCUGGUUCUCCAGGUGAGUGUUCUGACAGAGCAGGUGGAGGCUCAGGGAGAGAAGAUCAGAGAUCUGGAAGCCUCUCUGGAGGAACAUCACCACAAACUUAUCUCCACAGAGGAAAUGCUUCAGCAGGAGCUACUGAACCGCACCUCGUUGGAGACUCAGAAGCUGGAUUUGAUGGAUGAGGUUUCAUAUCUGAAGCUGAAGCUGGUCAGUAUGGAGGACAAUCAUAACCACACGGAGAGAGACGACAACCAGCACAAAGCUGAGUGUGUGGUUAAUGUGAUCAGCGAGCUCCAGGCGCAGAUGCGCAAAUUCCAGCAGGAGAUCAGCACACGCAUCCAGGAGCAGCGGGCUCUCGAGGGCCACCCGGAGAGCACGGCUCGUGAUGUCCACGAUGCGCAUUAUGUUCUCGAUCGCAGCCCAGAUGCCGACAUGUGCUCAUCAGAUUCCGAGGACUGCAGACGCCAAUGUAGUUCUGUAGAAGACAAUCAGGCGCUGGUGCACCAGCUGCGUGCGUUGAAGGCCAAAGUGGACGAUUUGGAGAAUGAGAAAUCGCAGUAUGAGAGAAAGCUGAAAGCCACAAAGACAGAGAUCACCGAGCUUCAGCAGCUUUUGUCCUCCAAAGAUGCAGAGAUCGAUUGUCUACAGAAUCAACUCCUGUCCAGAGGAAAUAUGAACAGUGACGGUGUGGAAAGAGAGGAAGUGUUCAAGAGGAAAUUAAAAGACAAACAUCUAGAGAUGCAGAGGCUGAAAAUUGGGAUGGAGUCACUUUUAGCUGCAAACGACGAAAAGGAUCGUCACAUAGAGGAGCUCACAGCGCUGCUCAGCCAAUACAGGAAAUGCAAGGACAUGAUGGUGCUUUCUCAAGUGUGUGGUGAUCGGUUGCUCUGUGGCAGCAGUGAGGAGGAUCUGAGUGGGUCUCUGAGGACGCGUGCGCUGCCCCAGAAGGCUCACUCAGACAUCGUCAGGUCCAGCCUGCAGAUGUCAUCAUCUCGAGGGACACCUCAAAUCUUACUGCCGUCAAUGUGUCUACAAAAUGAGUUUGAUUCCAGGUCGACGUUGAGGAUGCUGUCUUCCAGUCUAGAGGAGUUACAGAGUGGAUGCAAACAGAGGCAUGUAAUGGGGCAGCCUGUAGAGCCUAUUCUAGAGAACCGGCUCAUAUCAGACAGCAGUAAGUACCAGACUCUUCCGGGGAAGUUGUCCAGACCAGAGCAGAACGGAGAGAGGGAGCAGCGCUCUUCUCCACUCCAGCUGUCGCCUGAUGAGAGUGAAGAGAGCGAGAUCAACUUGACAAAGUCAGAGAAGACGGAUGAGUCCACACUAUCGGAUGUGUCGCCCAUGUCAUCGGGCAUGGAUUCGGGCCAGCAGUCGCCUGUUUCUCCUGAGAAUAGGAAGAAUCAGAAAGGUAUCAGAAAGCUGUGGGGAAAGAUCAGAAGGACGCAGUCGGGUGGUCUACCUGCAGACGGUGUGGAUGAUUUGAAGAGGGGAGGAGUCCGUGCAACAGCGGGCCCUCGGCUGGCAGGCAUGGGCAACAGAGAUUCAGGACGAGACAUGAACAACACUCCCUUCUCAAAGUGGUCAUGUGAUCAGGUGUGUGUGUGGUUGGAGGAUUAUGGGCUGGGACAGUACAUCCACAUGGCCAGUCAGUGGGUGAGCAGUGGACAGACUCUCCUCUCUGCCUCCGCGCAUGACUUUGAAAAGGAGCUGGGGAUGAAACACCCGCUGCAUAGAAAGAAGCUGCAGCUCGCCCUGCACUCAUUCACCACGCGGCAAAGUGAGAAAUCUGCAGAGCUCGACUACAUCUGGGUCACACGAUGGCUGGACGAUAUCGGUUUACCACAGUAUAAAGAUCAGUUCCAUGAAGGCCGUGUAGAUGGGAGGAUGCUGCAGUACCUCACUGUGAACGAUCUGCUGAUUCUUAAAGUGAGCAGCCAGUUGCACCACCUCAGCAUUAAAUGUGCCAUCCAUGUGCUGUAUGUAAACAAGUUCAACCCUAACUGCUUGAAGAGGAGACCGGGGGACGAGUCACAGAUGCUGACAUCCCCCUCAGAAGUGAUGCAGUGGUCCAACCACCGCGUGAUGGAGUGGCUUCGUUCAGUGGAUCUAGCCGAAUACGCUCCCAACCUGAGAGGUAGCGGCGUGCAUGGGGGUCUUAUUAUCCUAGAGCCACGCUUUAACUCGGACACAUUAGCGAUGCUGCUGAAUAUCCCACCCCAGAAGACCCUGCUGAGGAGACACCUCAACACCAACUUCAACUCUCUAGUGGGAGAUCAGGCUCAACUGGAGAAACAGGAAUACAUGGAGUCUCAGAGCUACACCCCGCUCUCCACUACAGCUAAAAUCCGGCCAAAGAAAAUUGGUUUCUCCAAUUUCGGACAGUUCCGAAAGAAGCACCCUGACGACCCUAGUGACUACAUCUGCCCUCUGGAGUCUCCAAAGGCUCUGGCACAUCUCAGCGAUUCCCAGCGGCCCAACUCCGGCGUACAGGAGCGGGACACUGAGAGGAGGGAACAGGUGGGGUCUCUGCUGGGCUCGAACUAAACUAACCACCCAUCUCCCACUGAGCUCACCACCAACUACCCCUCCGUCCACUCAUCCCCUGAUCACCUGGGCCAACCCCCCCCCCCCCCCCUCUUUCAGUGCCAUCACCUAAUCCCCAUCAUCCCUCACUCACCAUCAUGACAUGUUACUGAGUGACAAUUACAGACUGUGAGCUUUGCUAAUUGUAUGAUUUUUUUAUAAUGCGAAUCAUCUUCCAUUUUAUAACCAAUUUUAUAAUUUUGUGCUGUUUGGGGGAAAACAGGAUUAAUGACCUUGUGCAAUAUUUGUACAUGUAUUUAAUAUUUAUAAUGAGAAAUUUUAACAGGAAUCAAUUUUACGGAUGAUUUUUAUACCAUCUGCCAGCAGUGCAUAUCUGGAAUAUGUUUCGUAUGUUAUAAUAUUCAAGGCGAUAUUUUUAUUAAAAAAAAAAUGGAUAUAGUGCUUCAUAUUACAAAGCACUUUGUAUAUAUUUAUAAAUACAUAAAAGACAUGAAAUCUAUGAAAUACAAUGAUCAAUAAAACUCAUCAAUCACUGUAA